AUGUCAUUACUCAACCAAACUAUUGAGAACCACCAGAGCUUCUUCAUCCUGACUGGGAUUCCAGGAAUGCCAGAGAAGAACUUAUGGAUGGCCUUGCCCCUCUGUCUUCUUUACAGUACCACAAUCCUGGGAAAUGUCACCAUCCUAGUUGUCAUCAAAGUUGAGCAAAGUCUCCAUGAACCCAUGUAUUAUUUUCUAGCCAUGUUAGCUGCCACUGACCUCAGCCUUUCACUGUCUUCCAUGCCUACCAUGGUCAGUGUUCACUGGUUCAACUGGCGUUCGAUAACUUUUAAUGUCUGCCUUAUCCAGAUGUUCUUCAUCCACACAUUUGGGGGAGUGGAAUCAGGUGUUCUGGUGGCCAUGACCUUUGAUCGCUUUGUGGCCAUCCGCUUUCCUUUGCGCUAUGCUACCAUUCUCACUCACAGUGUAAUCAGCAAGAUUGCAGCAGCAGUCCUGCUACGGAGUGUGGUGACUGUGCUCCCUGUGCCUUUUCUUACCAAAAGGUUACCUUUCUGCCACUCCAAUGUCCUCUCUCAUGCAUACUGCCUCCAUCAGGAUGCCAUGAGGCUUGCCUGUGCUGACACCAGUGUCAAUAGCAUCUAUGGCCUGCUGGCUGUGAUCCUCAUCAUUGUACUAGAUGCCUUGAUACUUUUGGCCUUAAUUCUAAUUCUCCAGGGAGUAUUGGACAUUGCUUCCCAGGAAGAGAGGCUCAAGGGUCUCAACACCUGCCUCUCUCAUAUCUGUGCAGUUAUGCUUUUCUAUGUGCCUCUCAUUGGCAUGACUCUAAUUCAUGGCCAUGGGAAGCAUUUGUCACCAGUAAUACACACAUUCAUGGCCAAUAUCUACCUGCUUCUCCCUCCUGUGCUCAAUCCCAUUGUGUACAGUGUUAGGACCAAGCAGAUCUGAUGGCGGAUUGUCCAGGCCUUCUGUGGGGCUAGGGUUGGCCAUUAA